UGAUAAGCCCUCUAGCGGGGUAUUUACUAAACGUAGAUAAAAACAGCUGUUUGUCAAUCACAAAUGUUACGUCAAAGGUGUAGUAGGGCAACUAACUGGUCGACAUGGCAUUAAAUUUGUUUACAAGUAUAAAAUUUGCCAAAUCUUUGAAGCCUUUAGCACGAUGUUAUUCGGAGCAGUUUCCUAAAAUUACAACUCACUACACUGUAGUCCCACGAGAAAACGACCCACGAUGGAAGGAUGUGAAUAUGGAAAGAUUUGGGGACGAAACCGAUAUUUUAAUAAUCGGGGGAGGUCCUGCGGGCAUGUCUGCCGCCAUAAGAGCUAAACAAUUGGCUGAAAAAGAUGGAAAAGAACUCAGAGUUUGUGUUGUUGAAAAAGCUUCUCAAGUAGGAGGUCACAUUUUAUCAGGAGCUGUUAUACAACCAACAGCACUGGACGAAUUAAUACCUGAUUGGGCGGAGAAGGGGGCACCGUUGAAGACACCGGUCAAAGAAGACAAAUUUGGGAUUUUAACAGCGACUGGGAGAAUACCUGUACCAGUACUGCCAGGUACACCAAUGUACAACCAUGGAAACUACAUCGUGAGACUGGGACACGUGGUGCAAUGGCUUGGGGAACAAGCUGAAGCCAUGGGUGUUGAAAUCUAUCCAGGGUAUGCAGCGUCCGAAAUUCUCUAUCAUCCCGAUGGUAGCGUCAAAGGAGUAGCGACCAACGAUGUAGGCAUCGCCAAAGAUGGGAGCCCCAAAGACAAUUUUGAGAGAGGCAUGGAACUACAUGCCAAAUGUACCAUUUUUGCGGAAGGCUGCCAUGGCCAUCUCUCCAAACAAAUCAUCAAAAAAUUUGAUUUGAGGGCAAAUUCGGAGCCCCAAACCUACGGUAUCGGUUUAAAAGAAAUUUGGGAGAUUGACCCUGCGAAACACAGCCCUGGCCGCGUUGAGCACUCGAUUGGUUGGCCUUUAGACAAAUUCACAUACGGUGGAAGCUUCCUCUAUCAUCUCAAUGAAGACACUCCCUUGGUCGCAGUCGGCUUUGUUGUAGCUCUAGACUAUUCUAACCCGUAUUUGAGCCCUUUCAGAGAAUUCCAGAGGUUCAAACACCACCCUAGUGUCAAACACUACUUCGAAGGGGGUACACGAAUCGCUUAUGGAGCACGUGCUUUGAACGAAGGGGGCUUCCAGAGUAUUCCUAAACUGACAUUCCCUGGAGGAUGUCUCGUUGGGUGCUCGGCAGGUUUUCUCAACGUACCAAAAAUCAAAGGAACGCAUUAUGCAAUGAAAAGUGGGAUGUUGGCAGCGGAGAGCGCCUACGAAGCCAUCAAUAGUGAAAAACAAGAAACUGAAAGUUUUGAACCUAAAAGCUACCCAGACAAAGUCAAAAACAGUUUCAUUUGGAAAGAUUUAAAAAAAGUGAGAAAUGUGCGUCCCAGCUUCCAUAAUCCCUUAGGAAUGUAUGGGGGCGUGAUGUACAGCGGAUUUUCCAUAAUGGUCGGGGGGUUGGAACCGUGGACAUUCAAACAUGGCGAUCCUGAUUACAAGAGACUCAAACCGGCCAAAGACUGUCAACCUAUCGACUAUCCUAAACCCGACGGUAAAAUCAGUUUCGAUCUCCUUUCUUCCGUUGCCUUGACGGGGACCAAUCAUGAAGGUGACCAACCCCCGCAUUUAACACUUAAGGAUGACACUGUUCCUGUCAAACAAAAUUUGGGGAUUUAUGACGGUCCCGAAGGCCGGUUUUGUCCUGCUGGAGUGUACGAAUUCGUCCCACUUGAAAGUGGAGACGGUCAAAGAUUGCAAAUAAACGCCCAAAAUUGUAUACAUUGCAAAACUUGCGAUAUUAAAGACCCGAGUCAGAAUAUCAACUGGGUGGUUCCUGAAGGAGGUGGCGGUCCAGCCUACAAUGGAAUGUAAUUAAGUGCCUUUUACAGCUCAGGUUUAAGCAAAUUGCUUUUAUCUUUUUGUGUAUAUUGAUAAUAAAAUUUUUACAACACGA